GGAACCCUAGGAUUCGUUUUCUUUGCACUUUUUUGAGAAAGGGGAGCCCAUGUCUUGGUCAUGUAGGUAUGUUGUAUACUUUAGAAGAGAAGGCAUGUGUUUAUAUGGUAGGAUUGGGAAGAGAAGGCAUUUGUGGUAGGGUUGGCCAUUUUAAUUUUAGUUGCUAUGUAUAUGGAUUUAGAUAGAUGAUUGCUUGAAAUAGAAUUGUAACAUUUUUGUGUAUUUUGUAUGCUUCAUUCUCAUUGAGAUAUGGUCAUAUAAUUAGGAUGUUAUAUUGAGAUUUUGUUAUGUUGUGUUGCCAUUGAAAUAUGUUGCCAUUGAUAUUUUGUCAUAUAUAGAUAAUUGAUCUUGUUAUCUUGACAUUGAGAUAUGUUGCCCCGUGCAUUGACAUUUUGUCAUAUAUAGAUAAGCAUGUUUUGUUAUGUUGCCAUUGAGAUAUGCAUUAAUGUUGAUGUUGUUAUGCCAAAUAUAUGAUAUGUAGGAUGUUAUAUAGUGUUAUGUAUGUUUCAUUUGUUCAUGCUUGAUUUGUAGGAUGGUGGAUGAACGUUGGUACGACGAUCUUCAUAAAGGGUAUGACAAAGAGCAUCGUGCGCGGGACAUUGAGAAUCGCCGGGAACUAAAACCUAUGCGCAUGAGGGGUCAUAGUGCCCACGACUGGCCGUGCGACGAGCGGUAUGAGCCAUACUUCGAGAGAUUGGGCCUUCUCCCGUUUGUGCUCCAGUUCAAGCGACACGCUCCGUCGAUCAACCACGGGGCGAUGACCGCACUUAUUGACCGUUGGAGGCCAGAGACACGCACGUUCCACUUGUCAUGUGAAGAGAUGACCGUGACUUUGGAGGACAUGGUGAUGAUUAGUGGCCUUCCAAUCAAUGGAGAAGCUUUGACCGGCACCACCAUAACUGCGGAUUGGCGAGAUCGUGUUGGCCAAUUGACAGGUGUUUUCCCCGUGCCUCCUGAAGAAGGCGAGCGUGACAGUGAGAAAGUGUUGCAUCAUUGGCUCCGAGAGGAGAGAGGAGUAGUAUGCCCUUCGGACGCCAAUGAGGUUGUUGUGCAGCAGCACACCUGAGCUUAUCUAUGGUAUCUGUUAACGAGGGUAGUGUUCCCAUAUUCUACCGGUAAUAAAGCCCAGUGGAUAUUCUUGGACCUACUAAGUGACUGGGACCGUAAGUACAGUUGGGGUUCAGGAGCACUAGCAUACUUAUAUCGUUAGCUCGACGAGGCAUGUCGUAGGAAGAAGGCGACAUCUGGUAUGGGUGGCUUUG